AUGGGGUUAGUUGGACCAGUAUCAAUAAAGGCGAAAAUAAUUUUACAGGAGUUGUGGCAUUCAAAUAUUGGAUGGGAUGAUCCUGUACCACCAAUCUUAGAAUCGAAGUUUAAAUCUUUCAGGGAUCAUCUAGCGGACUUGGGUCAGUGUUACGUUCCUAGACAAGCUGUUCUUCGCAAUUGCAUAUCAAUAAGCAUGCAUUCAUUCUGUGACGCAUCUCAGAAAGCCUAUGGGGCGUGCAUUUAUUUGUUGUCAGAGGACGAGUUGGGAAAUCGGGGGUGCAGAUUACUUUGCGCAAAAUCGAGAGUCGCGCCGCUCAAGGUUUUAACUUUACCUCGUUUGGAGCUCAGUGGAGCCCUUUUGCUCGCGCGACUAGUUAGUAAGGCAGUAGAUGCCUUGAAAAUUGAAUUGAACUCCAAAUUCUAUUGGACUGAUUCCAGCAUAGUAUUACACUGGAUUCGAUCAGAGUCUACCAAUUGGCAGACUUUUGUUGCUAAUCGCGUCGCGGAAAUCCAACAACUUACUGAUCGUGAAGGUUGGAGACACGUAAAAGGUGAGGAUAAUCCUGCAGAUGUGAUUUCCAGGGGUUUGGAUCCAGAUAAUUUGAAAACUUGCGACCUGUGGUGGUCUGGACCAACUUGGCUAGUUGAAGAUCAAUAUUAUUGGCCUAAAUCUAUUAUUACGUUGAGACCUGAUUCUUUACCCGAAAGAAAGAAAUUGCCUGAGUUCCAAGUAUGUUCUCUAUCGCAUAUAGAUGAUCACUUCGACUUGAUCAAAAAAUACUCAUCAAUGUCCAAAUUGAUUAAUAUUGUGGCGUAUAUAUUAAGAUUUGCGUUCAAUUGCAGAAAUAAAGCUAGAUCUCAAACAGAUAAAUUGAAUGUAGAAGAAUUAGAUCAGUCCUUGACUGUAAUAGUUAAAAUGGUUCAACUUCACGCGUUCUCGGAUGAACUAAAUGCUCUUAAGGGUAGCAAACCUCUUAAGGCGUCCAGUAGCAUUCUUGCAAUGAAUCCAUUCAUAGACGACCAGGGAAUUCUCAGAAUGGGAAGUAGAAUUGCUAGAGCUACAUUGGCAUAUGAUACCAAAUUUUCGAUUUUAUUGCCACAUAAUCAUCAUUUCACCAACAUACUGAUCAUUUAUGAACAUAAACGCCACUUACACGCUGGAGGACAAACUACUCUUACGGCAAUCAGGCAACGGUUUUGGAUCAUUAAAGGAAAAUCAACUGUCAAAAAGAUCUUGAAUAAAUGUGUCACAUGCUUUCGAUUCAAGCCAAAAUUUAUAACGCAACAGAUGGCAGAAUUGCCAGCGAGUAGGGUGACACCCUGCAGACCAUUUCUGAUAUCUGGCACUGAUUUCGCAGGACCAUUUUUAAUUAAGGAUGGAAGACUGAGAAAUCGGAGGCUAGUUAAGGCAUACAUAUGUAUCUUUGUCUGUUUUUCCACAAAGGCGGUACAUAUAGAGUUAGUGGGCGAUCUCACAACAGAGAGUUUCUUAAACGCAUUCAAGCGGUUUGUAUCCAGACGAGGAUUGUGCACGGACGUUUAUUCGGAUAACGGCACUAACUUUGUUGGUGCCAAUAAUGAGUUGAAGGAGAUAUAUGCCCUUUUUUCUGAGGCUCCUCACAAUGAGCAGAUAAAUAAAUAUUUUUUAGAAAAUCACGUAAGGUGGCACUUUGCACCAGCACGAUCACCACAUUUUGGUGGUCUUUAUGAAGCGGCGGUGAAGUCUGCGAAAUUUCACUUAGCUCGAGUAGUCGGUAACGUCAGUUUGACUUAUGAAGAAUUAAGUACUGUUCUGAUGCAGAUAGAAGCCGCCCUGAAUUCACGACCUCUUAUCCCAAUUUCCUCUGAACCUACCGACCUUGUUGCCCUCACCCCAGCUCACUUUCUGAUCGGCGAUGCUUUAACAAGCAUCCCUCAGGUCGAUGUCACCGCAAUCCAAAUGAAUAAACUCACCAAAUAUAAGAUGUUGCAGCAAAUGUUACAGCACUUCUGGGCACGUUGGAAGAAGGAGUAUCUAACAACUCUACACCAACGUACCAAAUGGAAAGGGAAGACUGCAGCAAAUGAACAACUCCUUAUGGGUAGAAUGGUGCUGAUUAAGGACGAGAAGACCCCGCCCCUUAAAUGGCCAUUAGGACGUAUAAUUGAGGUUUUUCCAGGGCAAGAUGGUCAGAUCCGAGUUGUAUCAGUACGAACUAUGAAUGGAGAAUAUCGAAGAUCUGUGACCAAGAUUUGCCCGUUACCAAUCGAUUUCGAAAGUCAAGACUUUCAAGGGGGCCGGGAUGUUCACGCCAGCCGCUAG